UGUAGUUCCGCCAACUCUAAAAUGAAUUUAGAUAACGCUACUGUACCAGCACCAGAUAAAAAAAAAGUAUCUUACGAAAAACGACAGCAUGACCGUUCUCAAACUUCUCUCUGGUUAAACACGAAUCUUGGUAUUUAUUCGUAAAAUACUACCUCAAAUCACAAUUUUCAUUCUCGUCUAACAGUAUUUUUGUACGAUUAUAAAAAUUAAAUAGAUUGAUUAUCUGCAAUCAAAUCGUGACAGUUCAGCAAACUCCAAAUUAUUCGAAAAGUCGACAAGCGCAUAACCUCCUUGAAAUGUCAUCGACAACAUGUAUCGUUUUUGAUAACUAAAUCACAAAAAGUGUCAGGAACAAUUGUAAGGCUUAUAUUUAAUUCGAUAUACAUUUAACUUUCGUCUUUGGUAUUUGUCAAUGGACUACGAGAAACAAAAGGAUGAAGUUACUGCAUUGGAAAGUAUCUACAAUAAAGAGGAAUUUUCAUAUCACGAGGAAAACGACCGAUUUGACUGCACUUUUAAAAUAUUUGUAAACCUUCCAGCAAAAUAUCAUUUGACAUACAGGGAUUUGAGACAUGAAACGGAUUCUAAGCAAGAAGUACAGAUAUCAUAUUUGCCACCCUUAACAUUACACGUUACAUUGCCAGAGGAUUAUCCAUCUGUAUCUGCUCCUAUAUUUACAUUAUGUUCCUCUUGGUUACGCCCAGUAGUAUUGUCUAAGUUAUGCAAAAAGCUCGAUUUGUUAUGGGAGAACAGCAAACAGGAAAUUUUGUUUAUAUGGAUGGAGUUCCUUCAAGAUGAAACACUCAAAUUCUUGAAAAUAAAAGAUCAUCUGGAUAUGGAUUAUAUAUAUACAUCUUACAAGAAAACAUCGGAAAAAUUACAAAAUUUGCAAGCAAAUAAGGAAAUAGAUGAACAAUGUAACAAACAGUGUAACAGUGAAGUCAGUAAAGAAAGUAGAGAGAGUAUAUCGAAGAAGACCAAUGUCAUUGAUAAGAGAGCCAUUUUAGAUUGUCCAAUUGGUAAAAAUCCUAUUCAAGUAUUGAUCGAUUACAAUGAAAAGUGGAAACAAAUUGAAUUCAAAAAGAAUUUUUAUACAUGUAACAUCUGUUUCACCGACAAGUUGGGAGAGCAUUGUACCCAAUUUUUGCCUUGUACUCACACUUUUUGUAAAGAUUGCAUCAAAGGUUACUUUGAAGUAAAGAUUAAGGAAGGAAGUGUACAGAAUAUCUGUUGUCCUGAAGAAAAAUGUAAAUUCGAAGCUACACCAAAUCAGAUAAAAGAUUUAGUAAGUUCAGAAUUGUUCUCAAAGUACGAUUCCCUAUUAUUAAGUACUACAUUAGACACAAUGAUGGAUAUAAUUUAUUGUCCAAGACGACACUGUCAGUAUCCAGUCACUCGCGAUCCCGAUGAUCACAUGGCAAAAUGUCCGGUUUGUCAAUAUGCAUUUUGUGUUCGUUGCAAGAUGGUUUAUCAUGGAGUAGAACUUUGUAAGAUUAGUUCAGCCGAGAAACAACGAUUAUUUAAUGAGUAUCAAUCAGCGAGCAAUGAAAAGAAGGCAGAAUUGGAAAAGCGUUAUGGCAAGAGGCAACUACAAACUAUGAUAGAGAAUGCUAUGUCUGAAAAUUGGAUUAAUGACAAUAGUCACAAUUGUCCUCACUGCAAGACAGCGAUCGAGAAAUCGGAUGGCUGUAAUAAGAUGACAUGUUCGCAUUGCGGUACAUAUUUCUGUUGGUUGUGCGGCACGCGACUCAAUCCCGAGACGCCUUACUUACAUUUUCGAAAUCCGGAAUCUAAAUGUUUCAAUAUGUUGUAUCGCGGUGUAAUACCCGAUGAACCGGAUGAUGAUGACGAUUUCGAUUUUCACGCCGAAUAUUUGGAUUAUUAUUCCGAAGAUGAAGAAUAUAUCUACGAUGAAGAUUUCGUCUUGGAGUUGGACGAUUGAAUCAAUUUAAUUAAAUCGUGUAAAUAUUAUCUAUAAAUUUACGAAACAUUAUAUCUCAGACAUUCAUGAGAUAUUUUUUAGUUUUGCUGUUAUCAUAGUUAAAUAAUUGAAUGUUUGCAUAAAAUGAAUUGUAGCAAAUUUUAAUUCAAUCAAAUUGCAGAAAUUGUUUUUAUGGGCGUAUGUGAAUCUAGUUAUCUCAAGAUUGCCAUUGUAAACUGAAUAUUGCAAAAUACAAAUUAUUUUUUAAAAA